UCUCUUACAGAAUUCAUAAGUUGUUGUCUCUUUCAUUGCCGUAAUUUGGAGAAAGUGGCUACUUUGUUUUGACUUUUGUGUCGCUAAAACUUAAAUACUGUGUGAUUUUUAUUUGUGAGUUGCGAAAUUUGUGCUUAAUAAACAUUUUAAAGUAAAACCCAUUUAUAGUAUCGUGCUGAUGACGUAGACAAGAUGGAUAACGUGUAUAUUCUUAAUAAUUUGGGGAAGGGCAGUUUGAAGGUGACCAUAACACCGGCGCAGCACAAGACCCUCACUCAUCUGCCGAAGAGGCCGCCAGUCGACUUGGCCUUUACGGACCUCACUUACAAAGUCCAGGAGGGAAGGAAGAGCAAUGUGAAGACAAUCCUGAAGUCAGUGUCGGGGCGGCUUCGCUCCGGCGAGCUUACGGCCAUCAUGGGCCCGUCCGGCGCCGGCAAGUCCACGCUGCUCAACAUUCUCACUGGAUACAAGACAUCAGGCAUGGAAGGCAGUAUAACAGUGAACGGUAUGGAGCGUAACCUGUCCAGCUUCCGCAAACUGUCCUGCUACAUUAUGCAGGACAACCAGCUGCACGGCAACUUGACCGUGGAGGAAGCAAUGGCGGUGGCCACGUCUCUUAAGCUGCCUAGCGUUACUUCGCGAGCUGAUAAGGAAGAAGUGAUCCAAGAGAUCCUCGAAACGCUAGGCCUCUCCGAGCACCACAAGACGAUGACGUCCAACCUCUCAGGCGGUCAGAAGAAGCGUCUGUCCAUAGCCCUGGAGUUGGUCAACAACCCGCCCAUAAUGUUCUUCGACGAGCCCACGUCGGGGCUGGACAGUUCCUCUUGCUUCCAGUGUAUAUCCUUGCUGAAGACCCUGGCGAGGGGAGGCAGGACCAUCAUCUGCACUAUCCAUCAGCCGUCUGCGAGAUUGUUCGAGAUGUUCGAUCAUUUGUACACGUUGGCUGAUGGGCAGUGCGUGUACCAAGGGAGCACGGGGAGAUUGGUGGAGUGGCUGGGCAGCCUCAACCUGCAGUGUCCAUCGUACCACAACCCAGCUUCGUUCAUCAUCGAAGUGUCGUGCGGCGAGUACGGGGACAACACCGGCAAACUCGUGAGAGCUAUCAAUAACGGCAAGAAUGAUAUCAGAAACGGCCAACCGUUCCCAGAGACAACGCCGAACUACAACAACAAGAAAGACAUGGAGGUGUCCCUGAACGCGGGCAAGGAGUGGGACAAGAACGACCUCAGCCAAGUGCAGGAGAAGUUCGCUGAUGUGGUGAACGGAUCCAACGGCCACGGGAACCUGCAGAACGGAAUCUUGCAGUACGCUGCUAAUGAGGUUUCUAAAGGCGAGCCUGGUCUGGUGUUACAAAUGGAGACUGAAAAGCAGGAUAAUGCUGAAGUGGCUCUGCUGGGCACGGACGGGUCUCCGCGGCGGUACGCCACCUCCGAGCUCACGCAGUUCUGGGUCGUGCUGAAGAGGACGCUGCUCUUCAGUAGACGAGAUUGGACCCUGAUGUACCUCCGCCUGUUCGCUCACAUUCUGGUCGGCUUCCUGAUCGGGGCGCUGUACUACGAUAUCGGCGACGACGGCUCCAAGGUGCUCUCCAACCUCGGCUUCCUGUUCUUCAACAUGCUGUUCCUCAUGUACACAUCGAUGACCAUCACUAUACUUAGUUUCCCUCUGGAGAUGCCGGUGCUUGUUAAAGAACAUUUCAACAGGUGGUACUCUCUGCGGUCGUACUAUCUAGCCAUCACUGUCUCCGAUAUACCGUUCCAGGCGAUAUUCUGCGUGAUCUACGUGGUGAUAGUGUACCUGCUGACGUCACAGCCGCCCGUCUGGUUCCGGUUCGCGAUGUUCCUGUCCUCGUGCCUGCUCAUAUCGUUCGUGGCGCAGAGCGUCGGACUCGUGGUGGGAGCCGCUAUGAAUGUACAGAACGGUGUGUUCCUGGCGCCCGUGAUGUCGGUGCCGUUCCUGUUGUUCAGCGGUUUCUUCGUGUCGUUCAACGCGAUCCCGGUGUACCUGCGCUGGAUCACGUAUCUCUCCUACAUUCGAUACGGGUUCGAGGGCACGGCGCUGGCUACUUACUCGUUCAAUAGGCCCAAGUUGCAAUGUCAUCAGCCGUACUGCCACUUCAAGAAUCCCCUGACGACCCUCGAAGAGCUAGACAUGAGUGAUGCAGACAUCGCCCUGGACAUCGCGGCCCUCUGCCUCAUAUUCCUCGUCCUCCGUAUAUCUGCCUUCCUGUUCCUGCGCUGGAAACUCAAGGCCACCAGAUAAGUUGUGUUUAGAUAACGCGUCGGUACUUUGUCGUGUUAUCGAUGGUCUUACAUAUCGAUAUUUUGAUAUCCUUACAUAUCGAUAGUGUUUUAAUAGGCAUGUUUGUAGUCGUAUUAGGGAUGUGUUUGACGCAUAUCAAUAUUUUUUGUAUGCUUUUGUCGUGGAAGGUAGCAGAUUUUAUACGUUUUAAUAUUCGAUAUAAGUGGAUAGCAUAUUAUAUAAGAAAUACACAUAUCUAUUUGUAAAAUUGUAUUAAAAAUAAAAGUUAAAAUUGUUGAAAUGACUCGACAAGGUACCGAAACACGUAGUUAGUACACGUACGCAGUAAAUGUGAUAAAUGGAUUUGUAAUUAUUCGAAUAUUUAUUAGAUGGAAUGAUGUCGCCGUUUGCGUAUUGUCGUGAGAAUAGUUUAGCAUUGAUUUAUGGAACAUUUAAAAUUUAAACCUUGUUGUUGUAUUUACAAGGUUCUGUUUUGAGUGUAUAGAUGUAGCUUAGUUUUCACUCGUAGAGAACAAGAGUGUAAGACUAAUUUUAUAAUUCCUCAUCGAUUAAUUUGUCGAUAAAUAUAUUUUUCGACUGGAAGCUGUCCCUCGGCAAGACGCAAAUGAUGACGAACAAAAAUACAAACUAGAUAAAAAGUUAUUAUAUUAUCAGACGUUUUCAUUUUAAAUCAUUUAUCAUGACAAUAAUUUAUUUAAGUGGUUUCAUCUAUUGUAUAUCGAUGGAUAGUGAAGUGCCUUUAUCGACAUAUUGAACGGAAAUAGUGACCAAAUAAACCAUUCUUAUGUACCAAUAAAAAUAUUUAUAUAUUUUUAAACUUUGUUAAGAACAAAUUUGAAUUUACAGUGUGUGAUAUUUAUGUGAUAACUUAUUGGUAAUUCUGUGAUUCCACACAUAAUAGUAAAUAUUUGACAUAAUUUGUGUAUACUUGCCAAUAAAUUCCAAAUGACUAAAUUUUUAAGUGUAACCAGCCCAAAUAUUAUAACAAAAAUAUAUAUCGUUUGUCAAUGGUUGUAUAUUGCAAUUUUAUACCAAAAUGCAAAUAAAUAUUUUUUACCAAAUAUAUUGAUAUCAAAUGAGAUCUGAUGAGUUUCGAUACAGGGAUCCAAGAAAUGACAAAAGUGUCGCAAAUACUUUUUAAUAAAACAGUUUGAUUUCGACUGUCCUGCUCCUAAAAUACUUGGAACAUUCCAAAUUAUUUCAAUCAUAUUUCUUAAUUUUCCAUAUAUUUUUAUUUCCUAAAAAAUUGCUCAAAUACCUGCUUCACAAUAGCUUACAUACAUUAUAAUUAAUUCGUAUUUAAGAAAACCCAUUACAUAAAAUAAAUAUGCACGUCCUCAAAUUCAAGUGUAGUAAGGAAUAUAGUAGUAAGAAAACACUGAAAAAUAAUUAUACAAAUAUUUUUGAUAGUUGUAUCAUAUACAUGUUAUGUAUCAUAUGUGACGAUUUAUCAAAAAACAGUUAUUGUAAUAUUUUUCGAAAAGUAUAAAUAAAUCGAUCAAAUAAAUACUUACUACAGUUUGUAAUAAAGAUAUUCCAGCAAAAUGUAUUGCUCAUUAUGAGUCUUGCCCGCUUGGCUUGCCGUCACUUCAUUAUGGCACAGAAUAUGUAAGUUAACGUAUGGUAAUGACAAAUCAAUUAUUUAUACAGUGGAAAAACAUUGAUUACAAAUUGUAAUACUGGUCUUUGGAACCAGGUAGUGAUUGUAACAAAGAUGUACACGAAAAUAACACAAUAAAUUGUUAUUCCAUACUGUUUAAUGUAUUGUUAUGAAAUUUGUAAGUAAUUCAUAAAGUUAAAUAAAAUUCUUAAAUAUACGUAAUUGAAAUAUCGCUGUUAGUUUUUUCAGUUUUGAAUGUGGCUUUACUAAUAAUUUAGGCAAUAGUUAUUACAUUACUGUUAAUGCCAAAAAAUAUGUAAAAUAAGGUUAAAAGACCACAGGAAGUUUCCGAAUAUCAUUUUUCUAUGAAAAAAAAAUAUGUGGGAAUAACUUGUUUGUUACAUACGAGUUGUAAAGAAACUAGUUAAAAUAUGCAUCUAUAAUAAACAUGAGGGGACAACGUAAAUACAUUAAUAUGUUUCACAAUUACCUACUUCAAAGCAUAUAACAAUUGGAGUCAUUACCAUUCGUACAUUAUUAUAAAUUAGACUACUGACUCAGGGAAUAUGGAUAUUUAUAUUGUACUUAGUUAUAUUGAUAGAUAAAUAAAUUGGUCCAAUUAUUUGUAUCGAAGAAUGGUUAGAUUUAAAGGUUUUAGAUUUUACGAUGUUUGUAAUAUUUUUUUAAAAUAAAUGGUUGAUAAAAAAUA